AUGGAAGUACGCGAUGUGAAUACACAUGGCGGAGGCCAUACGGCAGGUGGAAGGCCUGCCAUCAUAAAGCGGGACGAGCAGUCCAGGGCCAUUCCCUCUUCAUCCACCGUAACUAACGAGCCCGCGACGCGCGUCAAGCCGGAGCGGCAGUCAAAUGCCACGCAAACGGAGGCGGACAUGUAUGUGCCAAGUGUUUACCAUGAUGUGAACAAUACAGUGGAACUGCAACGACCUGCAAGCGCUCCACCAUUGAGUUACGCGGAGUGCCCGUGUGCGGCGUGUGCUCAACAACUCUCUUCCUACCCCGCAGCAGCUCCGAUGCGGAGGCCCCCGACGAGCCCCUACGGAACAAUCACCACGCAACAAUAUAACACAUAUGCUGCGCCUCAAACACCACUGCAGUCGCACCAAAGUAGAAACCUAUCUGUGCAUCCGCAACAACGGACAACUGCUGCGGCAACGGCAACAGCAACAGCGCCCCCGGUGCCGACCCUCUCGCGACCCGCCCCAUCAACAAGCGGCGACUAUGGUCAUUACCAGCAGGAGCCGCAUUACCCACCACAGCAGAAGGAACAACCGCAACAACAUCAAUAUCCGCGCCAUAAUGUCAUUCAGCAUCAGCCCUAUCAGCUGUACGCGCAACCGCGCCCCUCACAACAGCCACCCCCGAGCCAAGCGCCGAUAUAUAGUAAAGCAGUGACGGCUCCAACGGCACUUGAUGUCCAUCCCCUCAUUGAUACCACCAGCGAGUUUCUUCGUAAAUGUGCUGGGCGUGUGGUGGAACUGGCCUGCACGCCGGACGGUCGCUCGAUGUUGAUUAACGCCUUGUCCUCGCAGGAUGCCGCUUUAGUGGAUACCAUGGUGAGGGAAAUCGCUGAUGACUUGGAAAGGGUAGCACUUGAUGUGCAUGGCUGCCACGUGCUUCGUGCGCUGCAGAGCUACGCGAGCGCUGAGCACACGAGAAUUCUUGUUUCAUGCUUCACGGAGACACUAGUGCUGAACCUCUGUACGGCGACGCAGCACACCCGACACAUCCUUGAGUCUCUUUUUCAGCGUCGGUUAAUUGACCUCCAACCGAUUAUUGAUGUGCUCGCCUCGCACUCGCGGUACCUUGCCGCCACGCAGCAGGGAUGCAUCUCUUUCAUGCACAUAUUGGAAUUCUGCAACGAAGCCCAAAAGAAGCAACUAAUUUCCCCAUUGGUACCGUACUUCGCCCAUGUUGCCUUGGAUCCGUUUGGAAACUACGUCGUGCAACGUAUCAUUCAGAGUAUUGGCCUUGACGCGUCGGAAUACAUUACAUCGUGCUUCGCUGGGGAGCUGCUUAAUAUGAGCUGCAACAAGUUUGGCAGUAAUGUCGUAGAAGAAACUAUAAAGGUUUGUGGUGGGGUCCCGGCUGUACGAAGGCUCCUGAUGGAAGAGCUGAUCAGUAAGCCCGGUGCCUUGCAGCGUCUCGUGCAGGACAGUUUCGGGAACUUUGUGGUGCAAACCUUCAUUGGGAGUAUCACCGACCAAAAUGAAUUGAAGUACGUCAACGAACGCCUUCGUCCGGUAUUGCAGAACAGUCCGUACGCCGCCCGCAUUGAGACGAGACUUCGCACUGCCCUUACAGCUGCAUCCAAGAGAAACAGCCAGGCAAGUGCUCACUGUCAGCAACGCCAACCUCAUCCCAAUCGCUGCUCGCAACAUUAUCCCACACACCCCGGUACGCCAACUCAAUUGGCAGCCGAUGCACCGCCGUGUUUUGCCCCUCCCUCAUCAUCAUUUGCUCAUGUUGCCACAACUGCCGCCUCCCAUCAUCAGCCGCGGCAACAGCCACAACAACAGCAGCAGCAGCAGCAGCAAUUCAUGAGCCCUCGCUAUCAACCCCCACCAUGCAACAAAGCGGCCUUUCCGCAGCGUCAGCAAAAUAGGCGGCAGAGCCAUUCUCAACCGAGGCGACAGCCACAACAACAACAUCAUCAUCAGCAUCAGCAACAGGUUGAUUGUGAUGACGGAGAAUGUUAG